UAUCAAAUUUUUUUUAAAAAAAAACUUAAAUAGUUAUAUAUUUCUAACAACCAAUAAAUUUGAUGACUUUAUGAAAAAAAAAACAAAAACAGGAAUAAAAUUUGACGAGAUUCAUUAAUAUAUCUGGAGAAAAACAGUAUAUAAUUAUGAAAGAUAAGACCAAAGAAGGACAGAAAUCAUAUUUUAAAAAUACAAAAAGGAAGAAUCAAAAUAGAAAAUUCCAAGAAAGGAUGGUUCCUUGAACCCAACGCUUCUUAGGCUCGGACUCUAGGUUCGGUAUAAACCGAACCAAUUUUUAGGCUCGGAUAUUAGGUUCGGUUAGUCGACAUUGGGAGGAUAAGAACGACUCUUUCUCUUCGCAUUCGCUUCUUCUUCUCUCUAAACCCACUCUGCAAGGAACCCAUCUUCUCUAUUUCGCUUUUAUCUCUUUCUCUCUAAAACUUUUCGAAGCUGACUUAGAAAAGUCCUGUCUUUUACUGCAUUUGAACAAUGGCGAUUGAAGAUUACGAGAACCCACAUCGAGUAAUCAAACCUAAGAACAGAAGAAUCAUGGGAGCUGAUGGACUGGAGGAAGAAGAGAAUCAUCGAUGGCCUGCGUGGCUAAAGCCUCUACUCAAAGAACACUUCUUUGUUCAAUGUAACGUCCACUCACCCAAAAGCGAAUGCAAGAUGUACUGUUUGGACUGCGCAAACGGCUCGCUUUGCGCUCUCUGUCUUGCGCAUCACAACAACCAUCGUACCAUUCAGAUACGGAGAUCAUCUUAUCAUGAUGUGAUAAGGGUGAAUGAGAUUCAGAAGUAUUUGGAUAUCUUUGGCAUUCAGACGUAUGUGAUAAACAGCGCAAAGGUUGUGUUUUUGAAUGAAAGGCCUCAGCCUAGACCUGGUAAAGGAGUUACUAAUACCUGCAAGGUCUGUUACCGUGGCCUUGUUGAUGAUUGCUUCAGCUUCUGCUCUCUUGGCUGCAAGGUAGCAGGAACUGCUAGGAGCUUUGAGAAGAGAGUGAAGCCUACACCAAUGGAACCAGAUAAUUCAAGCAGCAAUAGCUCAGGAGUAGAGGAUAACAUUCCAAAUGCACAGAGCUUAGCCCCUUCAACACCUCACCUUCCUACUUCCACUUCUUUGCGGAAAAGGAAAAGAAAGGGGAUCCCUUUCCAAUCUCCACUACAAUGAGAUCAAAUCGCAAAGUAUACAGACAUCUUCAAAAGAAGGGAUCAAUACAAGACACAAAAUAAAAAAAAGGCUUUAACUUCCUCUUACACCAAAGGGAAGGGUCAAGGGCCUUGGGUAUAUGCUAUAAAGUAGUCAAAUAACUAGUAAGUGUACAUAUAUUAUAUAACAAUACUGAGGGCUUUUUAAGUAGUUGGUUUUUGACAAAGUCCUUGUGUGUAUAUUUGGUUUUGAUGGAUUAUAUAACAAUAAUAACAUAUAAUUUAUAUUA